GUGCUGCGGCGAGCUCCGUCCAAAAGAAAAUGGGGUUUGGUGUAAAUCUGGGGGUGUAAUGUUAUCAUAUAUCACGCUACCUCGUAAAACCGACACUGAAAGCUGCCGGACAACAAAUCACAGGUCAAAAUUAUGAGUUCUUCGUAUUAUGUGAACGCGCUUUUUAGCAAAUAUACGGCCGGGGCUUCUCUUUUCCAAAAUGCCGAGCCGACUUCUUGCUCCUUUGCGCCCAACUCGCAGAGAAGCGGCUAUGGGGCGGGCGCCGGCGCCUUCGCCUCGUCCGUUCCGGGCUUGUACAAUGUCAACAGCCCCCUUUAUCAGAGUCCCUUCGCGUCCGGCUACGGCCUGGGCGCCGACGCCUACAGCAACCUGCCCUGCGCCUCCUACGACCAAAACAUCCCCGGGCUCUGCAGUGACCUCGCCAAAGGCGCCUGCGACAAGGCAGACGAGGGCGCGCUGCAUGGCUCGGCCGAGGCCAAUUUCCGCAUCUACCCGUGGAUGCGGUCUUCAGGACCCGACAGGAAGCGAGGCCGCCAGACCUAUACGCGCUACCAGACCCUGGAGCUGGAGAAGGAGUUCCACUUCAACCGCUACCUGACGCGCCGCCGCCGCAUCGAGAUCGCCCACGCGCUCUGCCUCACCGAGCGCCAGAUCAAGAUCUGGUUCCAGAACCGCCGCAUGAAGUGGAAGAAAGAGCAUAAAGACGAAGGCACCGCCACUACCGCAGCCCCCGAGGGCGCCGUGCCCGCCGCCGCUGCAGCCUCUGUUGCUGCCGCCACUGACAAAGCUGAAGAGGAAGAUGACGAGGAGGAGGAUGAAGACGAGGAGGAGGAAUGAGGGGCCGAGGAGGGACCGGGCUGCACGGGACAGUCGGGAAAGCGUCUUUAAGAGACUGGUUUUAUUUACAAACAUGAAAGGGGGGAAAAAGAAAAGGAAUGUAAAAAAAACAAAAA